CCGCUCCCAGCCCUCGGCCUCCGCGGCCUCCGGGAGGCGCGGCGGCGGCCCGGCGCUGCCCGAUGGGCGGCCUGCUCAGCGGCGUCAGCUUCAAGGAGCCCACCACGGUGGAGGACUGCGACUCCACCUGGGAGACCGACUCGGAGCCCGAGGCGCCGGAGCCCGGCGGGGAGCCUCGGCGCCAGCAGCAGCAGCAGCAGCAGGAGGGGGUGUGCACCGCCGCGGGAGGCGGGGAAGAGUCGCCCGCCGCUGACGACCGGCCCGAGGAGCCUCCGCGGCCGCCGGAACAAGGGGAGCGGGCCGAGGGGGACGCCGGCGGCCCCGAGCAGAGCGGUGAUGGAACAGAGCUGACAGCCAAGCCAAAGAGAAGCUUCUAUGCAGCAAGGGAUUUAUACAAGUACCGACAUCAGUAUCCACAGAACUUUAAAGAUCUUCGAUACCAAAAUGACUUGUGCAAUCUCCGCUUUUACAAAAAUAAAAUCCCUUUUAAACCUGACGGAGUUUAUAUUGAAGAAGUCCUAAACAAAUGGAAAGGAGAUUAUGAAAAACUGGAACAUAACCACACAUACAUACAGUGGCUUUUCCCUCUGAGGGAGCAAGGUCUGAACUUCUAUGCGAAAGAAUUAACUACAUAUGAAAUUGAGGAGUUCAAGAAAACAAAGGAAGCAAUUAGAAGAUUCCUUUUGGCUUACAAAAUGAUGCUGGAAUUUUUUGGAAUAAAAUUAAUUGAUAAAACUGGAAACGUAGCACGAGCUGCUAACUGGCAAGAAAGAUUUCAGCAUUUGAAUGAGUCUCAACACAACUACUUGAGAAUCACUCGAAUUCUGAAAAGUCUUGGUGAACUUGGAUAUGAGAGUUUCAAAUCUCCCCUGGUAAAAUUUAUUCUCCAUGAAGCUCUUGUGGAAGAUACCAUUCCCAAUAUUAAGCAAAGUGCUCUAGAGUAUUUUGUGUAUACUAUUAGAGACAGAAGAGAAAGGAGAAAGCUCCUGAGAUUUGCGCAGCAGCAUUAUACGCCAUCAGAGCAUUUUAUCUGGGGACCCCCAAGAAAACAGAAGUCAGAGGGAGGCAAAACAAAUAAAAAGCCAGCAUCUCCAAUUUCUGUGCACAGUAGUUAUAUUUCUAAGCAUAAGAAACUGAAAGAGCCGAAGAGUACAUCCACAAGCGGAACCUCAGCUAGUAAAGCAACUGAAGAGAGAAAAGUAGAACUCAGAAAAAAUGGAGAAGAAAAUGAUCAGGAUGAACAAGAAAUGAACUGUGAUGCUGUUAAGCAGAGCAGUGAAAAGAACAGCGGUGCUGAUAGUGGUCAGCUUUCAAAAUCAGAAGCAAUUCACGAUCCUUCGGACAAAAAAGAGGACACUUCUUAUUCCAAAAAGGAUGAUGAAAAUAUGAACAAUGACUGCGGAAAUCAUCCAGACAAAUCUUUAUGUGACCCUGAGAAUUGUUCAAAUAAUGUGUCGUCAGAUCUACAAGAUAACCUUGAUGAGGACACACCUUCAGGGGGAACCACCACAAAAACCAAGGAUGAGAUCAAAUUAUGAGUCUGAGGUUAAAAGUCUUUGUUUCAUAACGAAUGAAGCAAAUUAUUCAUCACUUCUUCAUUCUUGGUGAAAUUUCAUCUAAUCUAGUAUAAAAUGUUCAUGCUUGUUGGGAAUGCAUCAGAUUAGGCUUCUGUUACGCAAAUGAAUUUUGCUUUUUUUAAUCUCUGUUUGUCAGAUGAGAAUCAAGUGUAGCUAUUUAAAAUUAUUGUGUAAAUUCAAAGCCUGGGAAUUCAUUAUGCUUUCCAGACAUAUUGCAUAGCAGGAAAAAAAAAUAGCAGUUUUUCCCAUUAAAUUAAUCUGGUGUUUAUUUAUUUAUUUAUUUAUUUAAAAUGUAAUUUUCUAGUAAGUCUUAGAGCAUCCGAAUCGAAGUUUCUUUUAAUAUGCUUUCAGUGUUGAUUUCUUUUUGUGAAAUGACUAGAAAUUAUUUCAAAAACAAAAUUUUUCACAAGUGGAUUUUCCUUAGGAACUGUGUUUAUUUCUAAUGGCAGCAUUUGCGCAGCAUCUUUUACCUUAGAUUAGCACCCUUGUCUGAGACAAUAGAUCUUGAAACAUCCUAUGCAGCUGGAUAGCCAAUACAUCAAAUAAAUGUUUAAGUUACAGUGAAACUGUAUACACAGCUUUUGGGUACAAGGGAAGUUGCACUUUAUCUUUUAGUCUCUUUUAAGGUUUCCUCAUGCCUCAUUUGCCACUUCUGCUGAUUUGAGUUGUGAGGUGGAGUCAAUCUUAGGUUUGGUCUCAGUAUGAAAGUUCUUUAGCUCUCUGUCUCUCAUCAGCUGGCUUUAGCAGCUGGGAAGCCCCACUCCCUAGGGAUCAACCACCAGCAGCUCAAAAGCAGUUCUGUUUUUUUGUUUUGUUUUGUUUUUCCCACAGGAAAACACUACUUAGCCAUCAGAGCCAUUGGAGGAUCUGUCACCUGGCCUGUCCAGCUGAAUCUGAACUAAAUUGGGUGGUCUGUACAAUGCAGAAUCUCCUGAUGCUGGCCUGUGGAAGAAAGCCAGUCCUGCUGGUCUAUGAGUGAAAGGAAUUUCAAAUCUUUUCUCUCUGUCAGAGGUUUUUCACUUUUUCAUGUUAUUUAAUAGGCUGAGAACUGAAAAAAGCCUGUCUGCCAGGCUGAUUAGAGAAGAUAGGAAUUUUGGUUUUGUUUACUUAAGGACCGCAUGAUUUUCCUGAGCAUCUUUUUCUAACUUCAUGCCAUUCAGUCAAGCAAGAUGCUACCCAGCAAGUUAAUUGUAUACCAUAUGGAUUAAAAUGUAGUGUAGGUAGAACUCAUGCUUUCUACAGUACUAAAAUAGUCUACUAUAUGUAUUUUCUAUUUUAAAAUGUAUAUAUUAUCCACUGCCUUUGAUGUAUUUUUGAUGAAAUAUUAUAAAGCAGGUACCUGACUAUGGUUUGAGUAACAGAGUGCUGCAAGACUUCAUUCAAGUCUUGUAACUUAAAAUGACUGUCUUCAGGGGUUUAAAAACGUAGAUGGAAUGUCCUGUAUUUUUCUCUAUCACUAAUUUCCUUUAUGGCAGUGCAUCAUCUCUUUCUUUCCCCAGGUAGCUUUUUUUCUUGGGGUCAAACAGAGUUGUAAUUAGAGAUCUUGUCACCUAUGGAGAAAGAUUAAGCUCUUUCCAUCCAAAAGAAACAGAGGAAAGUUAUGUUUCUACUUUUUCUGUGCUUUUUUGUAAGGAAAGGAUUUUAUGUAAAUCUUUGUUUUCAGUUUUGGUUGGUUAUUUGUUUGUUUGUUUCUUAAGGGUAGCCCGGGUAGCUCAACAGGCAUCGAGUCUGUCUGAUUGGAAAUGUGCAAGAGAAUUCCAUCAUAGUCAGUGCUGCGUGAAAGAUGACAACUUAGUUGGUGCUGAGAAUGACCUUCAAAUUGUCCUGGUCUUGAACCAGGGUCCUCCUUUUCAUGUUUGUCCCUGGCCUUCUGAGCAGAAGAGGGCAGGAAAUGCUUAGAUAAAAUUAGUCCAUGUAGUUAAAGACUCCAACCCUACACAUACACUCAGAGAGGACAGUUCUGUGUUCUGCCUAUGACUUUUUAAAUCUUGAGUGCCUAACCAUGCCAACUUAAUAGCGUUGUUUUAACACAGUUAUUACUUGAAUGGCAUAGGAAAAAUUUACACUGUGUAUGAAGAAGUAUAAGCUAGUUAUACAGAACCUUCAGUUUCUAGACUUCAGUAUUGAGAUGAAACAUUUUUUUUAAAAAAUUGCAUAGUGUUCAAGUGGGAUAAGAGUCAGUAGGGGUUUUAUUAUAUUUAUAUUGUAAUUUGAUUGACCUCAGGAGAUUUUUCUUCAUUUGACUUCUGAACACAAUAGAAAGAGAAAAAUAGCUCUUUAACCAGGAGGUUGGUUGUAGCUUUCUGUGGGAUGCACACCCAAAAAACUUCACUGCAAUGUAUUAUUCUGUUAUUGUCACAUGUCUUGCAGCUACCCUGCAUGUGCCUGCUGGUUGUCCACUCUUAAUUAAGUACUUAAUGUAAAAGUUGACUUUUUUAUUGGCAGUUGUAUGCAUUCAGGGUAUCUGAAAAUAGAAUUGAGAAAUUUGCAACUUGUACACAUAUUAACUUUUUUUUUAAAACCCCAUCUCAGUAUAUUUCUAUCAUUGUUAUUAAAGAGAGAAGUGAUAACAGCAGUGACAUGUCAACUAGCUGUGAAGAACUUUGGCAUGAGAGAAGUUUUCUGUGUCAGCUGGCCUCCUUCAUUUUGUAAACUGUGUCUUAUAUCCGUGUCAGCAGACUGAAGUGUCUCCCAUGAGACUCUUCAGCUUUAAGUGACAAAUUUGCUCUGCGUAAAAUGUGAUGGUGUAUCAUUAUUUUCAUAGAGGAGUUGUUCUGAUUUUGCAAGUGCUUGAAUGAGGGAUUCAUUGCAGAGCAAUGUGUAGCAUCCCACUGAGAUUUUUGAGGACCAAAUGGGUGCGAUGCAUUUUAUUACAGACUUGUGUCCUUGGCAGCUAGGAGCACCCUGUGCUUGUUUGUAAGUAUUGGCUUUCAGGUUUUCAAGAAUUCACAUAAAUGCCAAUACUUCAUUAUUUAACUACAGCCACUGAGUGUGUGCAAACAAAGUCAGGACGCUUGCUCACUAUUAAACUGGUAUUUUUUUUUAAUCUUGCUGUGCACUUAAAUAUUCAGGGAUUUCUUUGUACUUCUAUCACAAUGUGUUGGCCCAGUGUUUUAUUAGGAUCUGAACUAUUCACCUAUGAAUUGAAUGGGAACCUCCCGUAUAGGGGUUCUUACAUCUGAGCAGCCUUUGCAACUGAGGGAGAAGUGUGCGUAUUCACGGGUCUGUGAGUUUGAUUCUGUAUAUCCUUUGGUGAGGAUACUUGAAUGUGUGACUUGACAAAAUGCUAAGGAGUGUGUACGUGUGAGUGAAGGCAAUUGUACAAGGCAUGCAAAAAUACAACACUUCAAGAUUAGUUCCAUCUCUGUGCCCUACUUGCUGGGAUGUGACUGUAUCUCAGUACCUGAGGGUGGUGGAGCAUACAGACUGAAAGCUUGGAUUCACAAGGCAUGCACCACCAGCCGUUCAGAUAAGAAGAGCACUUACACACUUGCACAUGUCUAGGGACAGGACUUGAGUUAUUGGUGUCUACUGCUUGUAUUUAAAGGUAUGAUCCUGAAGGAUACUAAAUAUAUUUGCAAUAAGCCUCUGAGAGCUGUUCUGUGGAUUGGUCGGCUCCUCAGUUUCCUGCUCUAAGUUCAUAGCAGUCUAACAUAUUAAGCAUUUGUAUAACCAUAGUUAAUAUUUAAUGUAACCCAAUAUAAACCCCUGUGAAUUGUUCCAGGAAAAUAGUAACAAUCUGCAGUUACAUGUAUCUGCAUAUAUCUACUAAACUCAAAAAGUUUACGGACUUUUUAAGCUUUUUAUAACUUUGGUGGGUGUCAAAAUUACCUAUAAGGUAAGUCAAGAGAGUUUUAAAUGGAAAACAGUUUGGUUUUUUUCCUUUGCUUUUUUUUUUAUUUAAUAAAAUUUGUCUAUAUCUGUUUAAUUGAAUUAUUUUAUGCCCCUUUCUUUGCCUGAAGGUUGUGACAGUAAUGAUUUCUCUAGUGCCUCAGGAGCAAGGAGGGAAUAAGAAGAUACUGGUUCACCUGUUGUAAAGAGGCUGCUUGGUAACAGCGUUUUGUGAUAGUAUUUGUGAUGCAAACUGAAUCACUGUAGAUGGCUUCUAACCACGUUUAUGACUGAUCAUGGCUAAGAGGCAAGUCUUUUAAGAUAUGAUAUUUGCCUGAGAUGAUACUGCAGUAUUUAGGAAAAAAUAAUCUCAUAGAACUGGAAAGCAUUUUCCUUUUGGAAGAUGCAGCAUUGCUCGUUCUUAUUAAAAAGCAAGUGAUCAUAAGUAUGUUAAUGCAAAACUGAUCACAAAUUAUAGUAAAAUACACAUCACGUAUUUGUGACAAAAGUAGUAGUUCCCUGCGCCAGGGGAGAUUCGGGCUGGAUAUUAGGAAAUACUGCUUUUCUGAAAGAGUGGUCAGGCACUGGAAUGGGCUGCCCAGGGAGGUGGUGGAGUCACCGACGCUGGAAAUGUUCAAGGAAUGUUUGGAUUUUGUGUUGAGGGAUGUGGUUUAGUGAGUACUAUUGGUGACUGGUGGAUGGUUGGACUGCAUGAUCUUGAAGGUCUUUUCCAACCUUGGUGAUUCUAUGAUUUAUGGGUAGGAUGCAAAAAUGUGAAUGAAAUUUAUCCACUAACAAAAUUGACCAAAUCACAUUAAUGGUGUACGUUCGGUUAUAACCAAAGAUAUAUUCAGCCUUGUAUCCUGGGAGCAGCGAUGGCCACCAACAGUUUGUGGUGUGAAAGAAAAGAUAAAGGGUUUGUUUUUUUUUUUUCCUCCAUACAUUUAUGUUUUUUCCUCCCGUAAUUCUUUCAGCCUUGACAAUCCCUUUUGGCAGUGAGCUCCAUAUUUUAAUUUUGUUUUGUUUGGCAAAAGUAAUCUAUUAUUCGUCUCAAAUCUGUUUAUUCAGGAAUUGCUAGUAUGUUUGAACACAAUUACUGAAAAUACUGUAAGAUGAACAGAAGUACAUUUCCUGCUGUUUCUAAAAGCCUUUGGAAAUUCUAAUAAGAUACCUGUUUAGGCAGAAAAUGUCACUUAUCCAAUGCUGCUGAUGAUAUUAUCUGACUCGUCCCUUCAGAAUAAAUGUUUACAUAUAAAUCCUCCUGUAUAAAGUACUGGAAGUCAGAUUCCAAAUCCAGAAGUGAAUUGCAUUCCUACUGGUGUGAAAGCAAGAUCAGUCAGUGGAGAAACCUUUUCCUAGUCUGAGCAAGGUGGUGCUGGAUCUGAACUCAAGUAAUAAAAGCAUGUAUUUGGGUGAGCAUAAGCAGUGUAGUAUAAUUAUGUAGUAGACAAAAAUCCUGUCUGGGAUGUGCUGGGAACCAUACUCAUCAUUCCAUAUUUCAGUAACUAAUUUUGAUGCAUGUCUCCAUUUCCAAUUGUGAUUAAAUAUAGUAAUUGCUCAAAUAGUAUUCUCAUUGUCAAAGGGAGUUUGAAAAUGGAAGAGUCAAAAAGGCCUACAGAUGGACUCUCUCCUCGCCUUUCAUGUUGUGAUUCGGACCAUAAUAGUAGAGUUCACUGCUCACAAGUAUUUAAAUGCAGUCCUCCAAGGGGAAUGUAAAUUGUAACAUCUGUGAGCCAUUUAUUUUCCUGAAGUCAAUUCCUCAUAUAUCCCACAUUUUUAGUAUACUUACUCUUAAGACUGUAGCAGAAAUUGAGAGUUUAUUUUAAAGAAUAUAUUUAAUAUAUGCCAUAUGUAGUGGGCUCUUAAAAGAUAGUUCAAGAGCUAUGGAGAUCAAGUGAAGGGAGACCUCCUGUGGCUUUGCACUUCUAAUGGCUUUUGUAUUUAUCUUUGAAAGCAUAAAGCUGUUUGCUAUAAAAUGACAAACGUGAGAAUUGGCAAAUUGUUCUGAAAGAAGACUCUUUCUUCUUAGGAACUUGGCACUUCUUAAUUCUACCUUGCUUACAAGUCUAGUGGUAUAUUCAUCAGCUAAGGUUUAUUGUGAAGUAUACUGAACGUAUUUACUACUGUGGCUAGCAGCGUGACAUUUAUUGUUUGCAGUAAAAUGGGUUAUGGCAUUUAUAUUUUUGGGACCUGCUGAAGCAUGCUUGCUGGUUAUUAGUUGCUCCUUUUCUGUCUUAACCUGUUCCUUUGUCUGCCCUUUAAGCAGUUUGAGUUGAGUGACAGAUAAUGAGAUAUGGUUUUGCAUUGAUACCAAUUGGACCUAUUGUACACUUCACUGUUAAAACUUACUCUAAUAAAAGGUGUGGUUUAAAAAAAAAAAAAAAAAAAAAAAAAAAGAGAGAAAGGAGACCCAACGAUUUUUACUUGAGAACUGAAACAGCUACAUGUCCGUUUUUAUGAACUAUUCUGCUCUCUUCUGUGUUCCUUUGCAGUGUUUAAUGACAGAAUGCCAUGCAUGUUUGGUAGCACCAAUACCAUAUGUAUGUGGUAGGAGUGGUAACCAGUUUCUGGGUUUGUAACGCACUCUAAAGAUAUAUUUUAUAAUUCUGUAACUGUAUGGCAGUGUUAUGCCAAAAAAUUGUACAAACAUAAAAAGCAAUAGUUUACGUUGCUUACUGCUAUAUUUUCAGUCGUUUGUUUGUAAUAUGAAAUACUUGGAUUUCCUUUCAGGUAAAUAUAUUUUUAAUAACAGCAGCCAAAAAUCUCUAAACUAAUAAAGCUUCUUCAUUUAGCAGCAUUGUUUUAACAACAUGUACCAAUACUGUGUACAUCUAAUACUGUGUAAUUGCUGUUCAGAGCUUGUUUGUAUAGUCUUGUAUAAAUGUACGAACACCUGAAAGUAGGGCAUUAAA